CGUACAAAGACGCAGAACCGUCGGUACGUCGUGUUGAAUGGCUCCGGCUGCUUUCGCCGCGGCUCACCAUCACACUCGAUCACUUCCGCGUUUCAUGCGCACCUGCUCUCUGAGGUGACCAUUCCUGACGUCGUCUUGAACGACACUCGCACACACGCUGCUCGGCCGCCCGAUCGUCAUCAUCGCACAUAGAUCCAAUCGCGUUCUUGCAGAACCCAUCGACAUACAUCCGAUCUCGUCUUCAACCCCUUCCUCGACCUCACGCAUAUGGGCUUCAUGCAACAGCGCUUCUGCGUCCUGGCCCCGGCGCCGCCGCGAGCGCCAGCCCCAUAUGUCCCUCGUGUGACGUUUCUCGACCUCCCGCCGGAACUGCGCAUCGAAAUCUACAAGCUGGCGCUCAAAAACGUCACCGUCCAUGUGCUGCCGAUGAAUUGCGGCGACAAUCGAAAACUGCCCCAUGCCCUCACACGAACCUCUCAGCAAGUCCGGCGCGAGGUCCUUCCGUUGAUGCACUCGCUCUGCCCGAUCUUGUGCAGCAUCACCGACUUCAACUUCGACAGCCUGCGCGAAUGGAUGAGGCGCAUCCCACCGGAUCAAGAAGCCAAUCUCUGCAAGAACCGCACCCUGGUCAUUCGAUUCUGCACGACCACCGAGCUGCCGAAAUCCAUCGAAAGCAUGCGGAAGUGGUUACAGAUGCGUGCGGACCCAUACCGCCCACAGCCCCGUUGGCAGUACUCGGGCAGCAAACCGGCCGACAAGGUCUGCAAGGACCUCGCGCGCCGGGCGAAUCGCAUGAAGGAUGCCAGCCGGCAGAAGGAAAUGUUUGUCAUUUUGGAGUGUCUCGGUGUGCCGAGAGGCAACUCUCCGGGGCGUCCACCACGGGUACGGGGAGCAUGAUGGCAUACGGAAACGCAACCACGAGUCAUCGACUGUAGUAUCCACAUGAUGCAAUUACGACAUAGCUGGGGUCUUGGACCGGGCACAGGAAGGCGAAUCGCGAAAAGUCUCCGCCAUCGCUAACGAUCCCAUGAGCAUUUCUCAGGCGCGCAUUUUCUCAUUUUUGGCGGGACCAUUCUCGACGCGGGCGCAUUUCGGAGAGUUUCGACUUGUGGCGAGACGGGGGAGUUAUCACGGCUUUCAGUCUGCUCAUUUUCAGCAUUUGGGAAUACUGUUAUAAGGCGUUCAAUCCAGCGGGCGGGAUA